GAGUGUGUCUUCCCUGCUGCUAGCUGCCGUGGGGAUUGGAUUAAUGAUGGCCAGCACUGAGCUCUGUCUAUACGACACCAGCCCGUUCACCAUCGAGCUCCUCAGCGUCGCUAUGUCCAUCUCCACCCUCCUGCUUCUCAUCCUGAUCGUAGCUUACCACAUCCGGGAUAUCCAGCUCUUCACCAUCGAAGAAGGGAUUCGGGAAUGGCGGGUGGCGUUGACCAGACGCAGGAAGCUCCGGCUGGUCCUGGAGCUGCUGGUGUGCGCCCUGCACCCGUUCCCGCUGACGUUCCGGAGCUCUGGGAGCAGGGGGGAGGAGUCGCUGCUCUCUGGCACCGUCAUCGUCCUCUCCAACCUGAUGUUCCUACGGGUUUACCUGGUGCAGAGGGUCCUCUUCCUGCACAGCAGCGUUCUGGAACCUUCCUACCAGACUAUUGGCUCGCUCAGCAAGAUCAACCUCAAGUUCCACUUUGUGCUCAAAGUGCUCAUGAACAACUGCCCCAGCAAAAUCCUCCUCCUCUUCGUCCUCUUCGGCUGGUGUGGGGCAUCGUGGGCCGUCACUCUGUGUGAGAGGCACUCUCAGAAUAACAGUACGAACAAUAUCAUCACCUCCAUGUGGCUCAUCCCCAUCACCUUCCUGACCAUCGGCUAUGGUGACAUGGUUCCUGUUACAGUGUGUGGGAAGGUCAUCUGCCUCAUCACUGGGGUUACGGGAGUCAGCUGUACCGCCCUGUUCAUCGCUGUGAUCGCCAGGAAACUGGAGUUUGACAAGGAUGAGAAACACGUCCACCAUUUCAUGCUGGAUAUCCAACUCACAAAGGAGGUUCAGAAAAUCGCUGCUGACCUGAUUGGAGUGAGCUGGUUGCUAUACAAACGCAGGAAGUGUGGAAACGCCCGACUGAUCAGGAGAUGUCACCGUGAUGUCCUCGCUACUGUGUGUCGAUUCCGCAAAAUAAAACUGAAACAGAGGAAGCUCCGGGAGCAGGUCAGCGCGAUGAUGGACAUCUCCAAGAUGCAGCUGCUCCUCCAAGACAUGAACACCAGGAUGAUGGAGUCCUAUGCCGAGAUGGAGAACAACCUGGCAGCCUUGGUAACCAAGGUCGAUAGACUCUCUGCGGCCUUUGAGGAGCUGCCCAGGCUGCUCUGUGACACUUUUAACCGGCAAAACACCGGGUGAGGGGCGACCCCCCUUGGCAAUGAUUUUCCAUAAACACUGGCUGGUACCUGGGCACCCAAUCAGGAGAGGGUUGGGGGGCCUAGAUGGUUUCGAGUCGCUGGCGAACUCCAGGUUUCCUGUCACCCAUUCAUUCUGAGGCUAAUGCGAACCUUCCGGAACAUUCUCAAAGGGGAAAUGUCUGAGGCUGUUGGUCACCCUGAGGAGAAACGUUUAUAUCAAAGACCGCUCACCGACAGCUCAAAAUGGUCGCCGUAGCGGCCGUGAAAAUUCCUCUGAAUUUCUGACCAAACCAGGGAACACGGCCGGGAAUACUAAGGCUCAACCUUGUCAUUUGGAUGGAUGUUCCUUUCGUUCAUUCGGCUCUGCUUCCCGGAUUUUAAUGGCACCCCAUCCCCACCCUUUUCCCUCCCCCUCUCUCUCGAAAGCUUCGGCUCCUCGGUGGGGGAGGGAACUGGUGGCGGUGGCAACGGAGGAUUGCAUUCCUCUAGCGCCCCACCCCACCCCAAGCACAUGCCAGAACCACCUCCCUGGCUGACUUCCUGUGGACGUGGCAUCACGAUUGGAAACAGUUUGCGCAACACAGGCUCCCGCAUGUCAGCACCGUGACAAUGACCCACGUUCACCUGUAAUGAGGGUUGGCGAAUACAGGCCUCAAGCCAUCAGGGACAACUUCCCCAUUUCACUGCCUUUCAUCCAAAUAAUCGAGUUUUAUUCAUUUGUGGGGGGCAUUGCUGCCUGGGCCCACCAUUUAUCACCCCCGUCCCAAGUCUCCCCCUUGAGAAGGUGGGGGUGAGCUGCCAUCUUGAACCACUGCAGGUCACAUGCAGUUGGUAGACCCACAAUGCCUUGAGGGAAGGAAUGCUGGGACUUUGACACUGAAGGAGCGGUCAUACAUUUCCAAGUCAGGAUGGUGAUUGGCUGAGAGGGUGACUUGAAUCCACAAUCCAUUGGCUUUGAGUAUCAUCGUGCACCACAUGGCCAUUACUAGUCUCUGGCGGUGAAAAGGCUGUUCAACCUUGGGGUGCAUCAUCCCAUUUGGCAUGGGAUCAGGAUGAACCGACUGAUAAAGAUCGAUUCGUACUGUUAGCGGCUGACCCUGACCUCUGCUCCUAACUCUGACCCUAUCCCUGCUCCCUGGCAAAACUAUGUCCAACCGCACUGUGGUGCAACACUGGGGAAGAGACGUAAUGCACUGUUUUGGCUGGUAUACAUAGGAAGGCAGUUCAGCACAGACAAAGGCCAUUCAGCCCAUCGCUCAGUGCUGGUGUUUCUGCUCCACCUUUCUCUUCACCUGCCCCCAUCGCCAUCUCCCUCCCUCCUUUUUGCCCUUGUGGGGUUUAUCCAUCGUUUCCACUUCACUUCCCAACAUAUCGACACAAUUCACCAUGAGCAAGUCCCUCAUUUCUCCUCUCCCCACUCCCUGUGGGAAUGGGAUCCACAUUCCAUUCCCCACCCCAAAUCCGUGGGGGAGUGAGUCCCACAUUCCCUCACCCCCCCCAGCCCCACACUCCCUGUGGGAGUGAGUCUCGCAUUCACCACCAUUGAUCGUGUGAAGACAUUUAUCUUGAAACCCCAUUGGAUGUUUUCAGGUCUGUCUUUUGUCGCUGCAGAUGCCAAGCCCCUCACCCCCCCCCCCAAAUUCUGGCCUCCCUACCCCCACAACGGGAAACAUCCUCUCCAUGACUGACCUAUUGAACCCCCCCCCGAGAUUUAUUUAGGCCUGAGACGGCCCUCCCCUCAGCCUCCUCUCUCUGAGAAAAGGGAGGGAGAAUGUCUGCCCAAUCCCUCUUGCCUGUGAAUCGUGACCUCUGACCUCUGUUGUCCUUGACUACACCUUCCUAUCGGCCUCUCUAUAACGCCACGUGUCACCGGAAAAAGUGAAAGAUUGUUGUCUCUGUCCUUGACCUGAUGGACUUGGAUUGGCCAUUUCUAAGGCCCAUAGCUGUGGGUUUCUGGAGUCACGUGUAAAUCAGACCGGGUCAGGAUGGCAGAUUUCUCCGAAAGGACAUUAGUGAACCAGAGUGCUCUUUCUGACAAUUGAAAAUAAUAACACAGUCGCCAUCGCAGAGACGAACUUUAUAUCCCAUUGGUUCACACUCAUUGACUUUACUGGCCACCAUCUGCAGUGUUUAUCGUUGCAUGUCUUGGUAUAAUCGAGACUUCACAAUUUGGAGAGGAUCCAGUUCAGUCACGGCCCAUGAUUUGUGAUGACUUUAUAGAUUUCGGAAGCCUUCCCAACCCCACCACCCAUCAGAAUCACAGAAUUGUUACUGGGCCAAUGGUUCUCUGAAUGAUCUUCUCACCUAGUGCGGUUCCCUGACCUUCUCCCUGUAACCUCCACACUUUCCAGGUACCCCUGCUAAUUCCCUACGGAAACCCCAGGACCCACCCGGCCAGGCCCAGGCCUGAGCCACUCACUGCCCCGCACCCUCUCCAUUUCUUGUGGUGGGGGGGGGGGGGAGGGUUUGUCACUAUCUUGACCAAUCUCCUUCGACAUCUCCAUCUCCUCUCGUUCUUGAACUGUUUCUCCCUGCCCACGCCGUCGAGACCCCUCAUGAGUUUGAACGUCUGAUCUGCUCUCCGCCUUCUCUUCCUCACCCCGGCAAUGUAACAGCAGGACUAGGCCAUUCUGCCCAUCGGGUCUCCUUGUUUCAUGGCUGAUCCUGAAAUCCACUUUCCUGCCUUUCUCCCAUGGCCCUUACUGGUUAAAGAUCUGUCUGUCUCAGCCUUGAAUAUACCGUACUUAAUGAGCCAGACCUCCGUAGCCUUCUGUGGUUAGACACUUCCACAGUGAUGCAGGUUGGCAGGAAGAAAUAGAGCAGCAGCAUAUUAUUUAAAUGGAAAAGAGUUGACCCAGGGACUCAAUGGUGAGCACUGCUACCUCGUAGCGCCAGGGAUCCGGGUUCGAUUCCAGCCUUGGGCGACUGUCUGUGUGGAGUUUGCACAUUCUCCCCGUGUCUGCUUGGGUUUCCUCUGGGUGCUCCAGUUUCCUCUCACAGUCUAAAGAUGUGCAGGUUAGGGUAGAUUGGCCAUAAUGCCCAGGGAUGUGUGGGUUAGCGUAGAUUGGCCAUACUAAAUUGGCCCUAGUGUCCAGGGAUGUGCAGGUUAGGGUGGAUUGGCCAUGCUAAAUUACCCAUAGUGCCCAGGGAUGUGCAGGUUAGGGUGGACUGGCCAUGCUAAAUUACCCAUAGUGCCCAGGGAUGUGCAGGUUAGGGUGGACUGGCCAUGCUAAAUUACCCAUAGUGCCCAGGGAUGUAUAGGUUGGAUUAGCUCUGGAGCAGCUUCAAGAGAACCUUCACACCGAGGGGGUGAGUGAGGGGAAAUACUGGAAGGCGAUAUAUCCUCCAGGGCAGCGGGUGAGGGGGUGGAGGGGGUCUAAUCAGAGAGAUCUGACAGAGACAGGCUGAAUGCCACUCCCAAUGUGCUGCAAGAUGUUCCAACUCCAGGACAGUUAUCCCUCUUGAGCCUGUCGUUGUUGGUGAUGAUGUCUUUGUUGUUAUUAUUAUAAAUGCUUUGGGCGCACGUUCCUGACGUGCAAUUCUUUCUGUCAUAAUGCCGCGAUAUUUUUAAAUAAAA